AUGGAGGGGGAUGAUGAAGGCGGCUCCUCCGAUAUCAGCACCAGCGUCGGCGGCGAGGUGUCCAAGAUAUCCACAAUCGACGAAUCCGAAGCUUACCAGGUUUUGUCUCUGAAAGAGGAGCCGAUAGAUCCGGACCGGGAAACCACUCCGCCGCCCUCUGCCGCCGCCAUGGGGAUGGUCCCUGUCGCGAUGCAAAUGCCCUUGUCCGUCCCCAUGCCUAUGCAGCAAGCUGCCGGCACGGUGGCGAAGCGGCGGUCGUCGACUAAGGACCGGCACACCAAGGUCGAAGGGCGGGGCCGCAGGAUCCGAAUACCCGCAACCUGCGCCGCUCGGAUCUUCCAGCUGACCCGGGAGCUGGGCCACAAAUCGGACGGGGAAACCGUGCGGUGGUUGCUCGAGCACGCGGAGCAGGCCAUUAUUGCCGCCACCGGGACCGGCACCGUCCCGGCGAUUGCGGUCUCGGUCGGUGGGACCCUCAAAAUCCCCACCACGACGACUUCCUCGUCCACGAACAACAGCUCGCUAAUCGAGGCGCCACCGCCGGCGAAGAAACGCAAGCGCCCUUGCAACUCCGAGUUCUGCGACCUCACCGAAGCGGCGGAGGCGGCGGCUGUAUCUGUUUCCCAGACCUCAGGGCUGGCCCCGUUGACUCAGGCGAUGGCGGUUCCGACGGCGGCGCAAGGGAUGGUCCCCGUAUGGGCAGUUGGGAGCACGGGAAUGAUGGUCCCAGCAAAUGCCAUUUGGAUGAUACCCCAGGCCCAGGCUGGCGUUGGGCCUGGUGGUCCUACCAUUGGGCCGAUGGGGAAUCAGCAGCAGCAGGCUCAAAUAUGGGCCUUAUCCCCCUCCAUGACUCCCGUUUUCAACGUGGCAGCUGCAAAUCCAGGAGCGGCCCCUCGGCCCAUAUCGUCCUACGUGGCGGCAACGGCAAAUAGCGCCACAAAUAGUCACUAUUCAGCCGGCGGGAUAGAAAUGAGAGCUCCCCCGCCGGCGGUGAUAACGAGCACGACGGUGGGGUCGAAGUUGGCUUCUAAGAGAUCGUCGGCGAUGGCGCCGAGUGUGAGUUCUAGCGUAGCGGGUGGCGGCGGCGGCGGCGGCGGCGGCGGGAAAGUUCGAACCCUUCGAGACUUCUCGUUGGAGAUUUACGACAACAAGCAAGAAUUGCAACUGAUGGACGGACGCGGCGGUGGCGACGGCGGCGGGAGUAGUAAUCAAUCUCAGGGGCAAAGUUCAGCGGGAUCAUGA